CGGGAAACGCUGUGGAACAUCUCCAGGAGGAAAUCACCUGCGCCAUCUGCUUGGAUUUCUUCCAUGAUCCUGUCAUGAUCCUGAGUUGCGGGCACAAUUUUUGCCGCCGUUGCCUUGAACGUUGCUCCGCGGAUGCCUCCAGAGCUGGGUCUUGCCCCCAGUGCCGUUUACCUUUCCCCCACGGUGGCUUCCGUCCCAAUCGGCAACUGGCCAAUGUGGUGGCAGCCGUCCAGGAGCUGGCAAUGCCGGCGGCAGAGGAGCUUUGCCAGCGGCACCACCAACCCCUCACCCUUUUUUUCCCGCCGGGAUGGGAGGCUCCUCUGCACCACCUGUGCUGAGCAUCGUGCCCACCCCGCCGUGCCCCUUGAAGAGGCUGCUUGCUGGUACAGGGACCAGUUUGAAGCUUCCCUAAAAGCCCUGCAAGAGGAGGAUGAGCGACGUGCUGGGCUGGCGGCAGCAGCAGAGGAGACAAGACAGGAGAUGCUGAGCAGAGUUGAUGCCGAGAAGCAGAAGCUGCUGGCGGUGCUGGAAGGGCUUCGGCGGGUGCUGGGUGAGCAGGAAUCACGGUUCUUGAUCCGUCUUGGCCGCUUGCGCCUAAGGUUGGAGGAGCAGCGACGUGGUGAAGCCGCCGAAAUGGCCCGGCUCCAGCAACGCCGCUCCGAGCUCCAGGCCAAGUGCCGGCAACCAGACAGUGACCUGCUACGGGAUGCCCAAAUCACCCUGAGCAGGUGCACAGAGUGGAGGGCGCAGCCGUCGCUGCCGCUGAUGCCGGAGCUGGAAGCGGAACUCGAGGAUUUUGCCCUGAAAACCAACAUGCUGGCAGAGGCAGUGAUGCAGUUUAAAGACAUCGUGGGGUGCUCACUGGAGGAAGACUCAGGGGGAUACCGGAGAGCAACCGUGACGCUGGACCCGGCUACAGCUCACCCCCCAAAUCCUGGUGUCAGCAGACGGCCGGACCGCAGGACGCCGGGAAUCCCCCCUGGCUCCUCUUCCCUCGGGAACCGAGCGUUUCGAGUCUCUCCGCUGCGUUUUGGGUCUGCAGGGCUUCUCGGGGGGGCCGGCACCGCUGGGCUGUGGAGGUUCGUCCCGGUCCCGACUGGGCACUGGGGGUGGCUCGGGAAUUCAUGUCCCGUAAGGGCUGCUUCGGUCUCAGCCCCGAACGAGGGGUCUGGGCCGUGGGGCAGUGGUUGGGGCAGCUACGGGCUCUCACCUGGCCCAGCCCCACAUCUCUGCCCCACAGCCGCGUGCCCCGACGCAUCGAGGUGGCUUUGGAUUAUGCUGGCGGGCGGGUGGCUUUCCGCGAUGCUGACAGUGAGACCGAAAUCUUUGCCUUCCCUCCAGCAACUUUCGCCGGUGAACGACUCCGGCCACUGCUCUGGCUGGGUGAGGGGCCAGCUCUGCUCACUCUCUGCCCCUGAAUCCCCCCGAAACAAGACCCUUCCACCAUUCCAAUGAACCCCCCUGCUCCAUAAGAGCACGCACACACAUCAGCCCCAUCUGCUUUUCCUUUUAACACUUAAUUUAGCCAAAUUAGUCACAAAAAUUUCACCCUCCCACUCCUUGCCACAUUUGCACGGACCAUUCUUUGCAGCUUGGCUGGGCAGUUCUCCAGUGAACAUAAGCCUCGAAAGGGGGGGGG